AGAUUUAUUUUGUUUAUGGACUCGGAGUAAAUAACAAAAAAAUGUGCUUUUUAUUUAGCCUCUCCGUUGGCAGAUGCCUCAAAGAGCGCAGCUGCGAUAAAGCCGCGAUGUGGUUAGGGCAUUUUCCGCGCCAUUUCUAUGAAUCACAGUUGCUGAAUGAUUGAUUAUUCAUGGCGAAGGUAGAUGAAAACCCGACGACUCCAUUGGCGGUAGCCUCCAAGCUCGACCGUACUCCGGACCCUUCCCUCAAAGACCAGCACUCCUCGCCCAACUCCGCCGCCAACUCCUCCCGUCACCGCGCCACUAAACUCAACAACAAGAGCAAUGACCGUUCUCCGCCGCGGAGAAACCCUCUAACCGCCGAGGAGUUCGUGCUCUCCGUCGCCUCCAAAUACGCCUCUCAGCCUCUUCAGUACUCCGAUCCUGACGUUUGGGGCGUUCUCACAGCAAUUUCCGACAAGGCUCGAAAGCGUAGCCAGGGCAUUAAUAUACUUUUGACAUCUGGAGAACACCGCAUUGGCCGCAUGGUUGGCGAUUCUCGUUUCCAGAUUUCUUCUCCAGCUGUUAGUGCCAUGCAUUGCAUGAUCUAUAGAAAAAAGGUUGCUAGUGGGGACACAGAGCAUGGGACUUCUGUUUUUCUGAAAGAUACUAGCACAAACGGAACAUACCUCAACUGGAUAAAGUUGAAUAAAAGUUACCCUGAUUCUAUACUUCGGCAUGGAGACAUUAUAUCCAUUGCAUUCGCACCACAUCACGAACUUGCUUUUGCAUUUGUAUUUCGCGAAGUCUUCAGGCCUACUUCAUCAGCAGAUGCAGUAGCUAUAAAGAGAAAAGCAGAGGAGUUUGGUUGCGACAACAAGAGACUUAAAGGAAUUGGCAUUGGUACUGCUGAAGGUCCUAUUUCUCUGGAUGAUUUCCGUAGCCUACAACGGUCAAACACGGAACUGAGGAAGCAACUAGAGGAUCAAGUCGCAAAAAUUGAGGCUUUGCGCAAUGAACACCGUGUAACUGUUGAGAAUCAUGAGAGUGAAAUGAAAGAUUUGAGAGAUUCUGUUUCAAAAUCCUACCAUGAUCAGAUCAAAGAGUUGAACCGAUUGUUGGAGUUUAAGGAUAAAGAAUGUAUUGAAUCUAGUAGAAUAUCUGCUGAGCAAAAACAUAAUCUGGAAGAUCUUAAUGAAAGACUCAAUGCAUCUGAGCAAUCAUGUAUUGAGGCCAAUGAAAUCAUAAACAGUCAGAAAGCAUCUAUUUUGGAACUGAAGGCCUUACUAGACGAGGAACGUGAACAGAGAAAAGAGGAACGAGAAAAGGCUGCAUCAGACCUUAAGGCCUCUAUACAGAGAGCUCAGGCUGAAGCACGGGAGGAACUAAACAGAUACUCUGAUGCGGCUUUGAGACGCGAAAAAGAGCAGCAAGAGAUGAUUAACAAACUACAGGAAUCCGAGAAAGAGAGAUGUUCACUAGUGGAGGCCUUGAGAGUGAAAUUGGAAGAAACCAGACAGAAACUGGUAAUUUCAGACAAUAAAGCUCGCCAGCUUGAGGCACAAAUGCAAGAGGAGCAAUUGGCUUCUGUUACUAGCAGAAAAAGAAUAGAUGAUCUUGAGCAUGAAAUGGAAGGGCUGAGGAAAGAGCUCGAGACAGAAAAGGCUGCUCGAGAAGAAGCAUGGGCAAAGGUUUCUGUUCUUGAACUAGAGAUCAAUUCUGCCAUACGAGACCUAGAUUAUGAGAGACGCAGAUUGAAAGCUGCCCGGGAAAGAAUCAUGCUUCGAGAGACUCAGCUUCGGGCUUUUUAUUCCACCACAGAGGAGAUUUCAGUUUUGUUUGGGAAGCAGCAGGAGCAGUUAAGAGCAAUGCAAAAGACAUUAGAAGAUGAGGAGAAUUAUGAAAAUACAUCAUUGGAUUUGAACAUUGAACCAAAAAAUCACAAUGCUAAUAAUGGAUCAGUAGUGGGUGAGAGAGGAGGUGGAGGACACUGCUUCAACGCUGCUGCUGCUAAGACGGGCUCCACUAAUUCCACCCAUAGGAACAUCAAAGAUCUCUUCGGGGCAUCAAGUGAGGGGAGCAUGACAGAGAAGCAUGAUUGCACCAUCAGAAGCCAACAUGAAGACGGUCAGGGCGGGACCCAGGAGGUGGAGUUUACUAGCGGGGAACGCUGUAAGCUCGUGGGCUUUGGUUCUGAUAUCAAUGCACCUAUCAUAGAGGGAGAUCCUGUUGGGACGGAACAAAUCAACGAAACAGGCGAUAACCUUAGCCACCACCUUGUGGGAACAGAAACAGUGGCUGAGACGGAAAGCCAAGAGAGUGAUCAGAGGAAUAUAGAUACAAACCAAUUCGAUGGUGGGGAUACAAUGAAUUUAGAUGGUAAGACAGAUGAAGCGAGGAAGAAUCCCUUAGAGGGGAACAUAAACGAGACAGAAGAAGUGGGAGAGACAGUGAGAACAUGUGAUCUUUUGUCUUCAGAAGUAGCUGGGAGCAGGGCAUGCAGUGCUGCGGCCCCAUCAUCUCUUCAUCAUGCACAGAAUGGUUCUCAAAGGAGCAGAGGGAAUACUCAUAAGAAUGAUGGUUCAUCAUCACAUUCUCUGUGUGUUCCUGAGAGCCAAUCUUCCAUGGCAAAUUCUACUCCUCCUCCUCCUCCUCCUCCUACUACUACUACUACUAGUGGUAGUAGACGGGAUCAUGACCGCAAAGCACUAAGCGAGAUGAUUGGAAUCUUCGCUCCAGAUCUGAAGGAGCAGUUCGGUCACGCUGUGGGAGAUGACAAGGUGGAGGAAAGCGGUGGGAUUGCUUCUGAUUCUGAAACCGAAAGCUGCACGGACAGUGACAAUGAAGAGGUGGCAGAUACUGAAGUUGGAUCAGCUGCUGCAAUGGAUGCCAAGUAUGAUGAUGAUGAUGAUGAUGAAGGUGAUAAUGUUGAUUGGGAAGAAGAUGAUGAUGAUGAUUAGCAGUUAAGUGACGCAUAUGUAAAUAGUUCAUAGUGCCCAGAUGAGUUUUUUCUUCUCUUUUUUUCCCUCCGGAAAACAAAACUAUAGUCUCCUUUGCACCGAGCAUUUGCAGAAUUUGUGCCAUUUUAUCUUUUAUG